AGAAUAAAAAAGGGAUGAGAUUAUAUGAGUGCCCAAAAAAGAACAACCUGGUGAAAGAAAAAAACGAGAGAAGGUCAGUCAGCCAAAGCCGCAGAAGAGAGGAGAAACAGGGAAACUUUGAGAGAGAAAGAGAAAGAGAGAGAGAGCAUUAAUUCAUUUUCUGGUAAGGUGCUCCUUGUUUGUUUCUCUUCCGGAUAACAUACAUUUGUAGAAAUCUUAAAUUUUUCCUUCUUUUUGUCGCCGCCGAUUAUGGUGAAUUUCCGGUAGCUGUUAGAUAUUGAGUGUUAGGAAGAGGUGGUCAAAAUUUAUGGAUAGAAAUAGAGAAGGAAGGAGAUCAUCAUCAAACAUGGCAGCCUCUAACGGAUUAUCAAGACGGCGACAGCAGAGAACUACAAGAGAUUCUACUGAGGAGGAUGGACAAAUAAUGGUACAAGAAUCGGCGAGGCUGAGAGAUAGAGGAGGGAGUAAGAGGGAAAGAGAUCGAGAAUUGUUGAGUAGGAAUAAGCGUAGUAGAAGAAGAGGAGGAGGAGGAGGGGGGGGAGAUAGGUCAGUACAAGGAAGUAAUAAGGAAGAAGGAGAGGAGACUACAGAAGAAAGCAUCGGUUAUGAAGAUGGUAAUGAAAUUGAAGACGGAGAGGUUUCUCGGUUGCGGCCGCCGCUGGGAGCUGUAAAACAAGUUCCCGGUUCUAGAGUCGCUGCUGACGAAAUGAUUGGUGUCUCUGUACCUAGAAAGGCCCGGUCAGCUUCUGUGAAGAGGUCACAUGAGAGUUGGGUAUCGGGAAAUGGUGGAUUUGGUUGUGAAGACAGGCGAGCUUCGAUUUCACCGGCGGCGAGCAGGAGCUUUGAGGCUGCAUCGCCUUCUUCGUCGAUUGUUUCGGUCAUAAAAAAGACGAAAUCAAGUGGACCCAAGACUCGGCUUCCAAAAGUGUCGAAAUAUUCUACAAGUUCAGUUCAGGAAGAUUUUGAGAUUGAGAUCGCAGAAGUUUUGUAUGGUUUAAAGAAGCAAUCACACGGGCCUAAGAACGAGGAGAAGGCUGACAAUGGUUUGCGGAAGAUUGAUUCAAUGGAUUCUAAUGGAAUCGUUCAUGAUUCUAAAUCAUCUCCGAAUUCAAACUUUUCUCGGACAUCGAUACGGAGUCAAAAUAAUGCCUCUGCUUCGGAUACUUUAAUUGGUUUAGGUGAAAGGGAGGAUGCAAAAAUGGAAUUUUCUGCAACGAAAUCGGGGAAACCAUCAUUGUACUCAGAAUCAUGUGAGGUUUCACAUGACAUGGUUGCUUCUAAACUUGCGUCUGGGUUGGAGUCACAGGACGAAGCAAUGACACAACAGGAUUCAAAACCGGCAAUUGAAGAAUCUGGGGUAUCGACUAAGGAAAAAUCUGUAUUGCCAGAAGAGAAAUCACCUGUGAGCAAAAAAUUGGAUGUUGAUUUCCGUGAUUCCGUUUUGAAAAAAUCGACCUCAACCGUGUCAAAGGUAGACAGCCAGCGAGAGGAGAAGUUCGAGAUCGAUCUGAUGGCUCCUCCUCCCAUGGUGUCUUCUCCAGAAUGGGAUGGCUUUGUUGAUUUGUCUUCGAAUCCUAAGCCCGCAGCCCAAGAUGUGGAAAUGAAAAUGGAAAAUAUGGUUAAGAAUAAAGAAUUGGUGGACAGUCCGGUGACGAAGGAAGGGGUUCUUUUUGAAGAUAAGGUGACGAAGACAGUUAGAGAAAAGCGUGGAUUAAAACUUGAUUUUGAGAAGCCGAAUCGCAAUGUGCAGCAGAAAGUGCAACCUAAAGCUAUCGUUCCUAAAGUGGAGACAGCUGCUCAAUCUGGUUCGUUGCCUUUGCCAAUUGCCAUACCUAGCUGGCAAAGUAGCAAUCUUUUGCCUCUGGGAUACACGACUUCCUUUCAGACAGUUGUGCCCAUGGAUGGGACAACCAGAUCAUCCAAGGCAUUACAGCCUCCACAGUUUAUCCCUCAACCUCGGCCAAAGAGAUGUGCAACCCAUCAUUAUAUUGCUUGCAACAUUCGCUUGCAACAGCAAUUUACAAAGAUGAACCAUUUCUGGCCAGCGGCAGCUGGCUCUGCUACUCUAUGUGGAGCCAAACCCAAGAACCUCAAUGUAAUGCCUUCUGCAGAAAACAUGAUAAUCAGACACCCAUCGCAAGGUAGCUUUGCAGUUGUGAAUCUAAAUUCUGCCCAGGACAAAGUGCAGGCGGUGCCAAACAUUCCAGAUUUUACUCUAAAUGAUAGAGGCUCUGAGAGUGCCACCUUGAUAGAUACAGCACAGAAGAAGCAGCUAGUGCUCCAACAGCCUCCACAGCCAGCCCCAGCUGGUAAUUUAAUGCAUGGCCCUGCUUUCAUCUUCUCCCUCAAUCAGCAUCAAGCGUCCACAGCAGCAAUAACAAGUCAAACUGGGCCUUCUAAAUCUGCUUCCCCAAUCAACAAUGAAUCAUUGUCUGGCAGUGCUGUAGCUGGAGUAACGACAAACUCUUCAGCAUUGCCAGGGAUGGCUGCAGCUGUGAGCUUUACCUACCCAAAUUUGGCAGCCAAUGAAGCUCCGUACUUGACAAUUCUACCAAACAAUGGUUAUCCAUUCCCCACUCCUGUUGGAAACCCAACAUUCAGAGGUGGAACCCCUGCCCAAGCAUUGUCUUUCUUUAACGGGUCUUUCUACUCAUCUCAGAUGUUACAUCCAUCCCAGCUUCAGCAGCAACAACCUCAACCUGUAGUCCAACCAGGACAUCAGAAUGCAAGUGCUUCAAGUGGCUCAUCAUCAUCUCACAAGCAACCCAAAAGUCAGCAACGGGGGGCACAUGUUAGCACUAAUAACUUUUUGACCUCGACAAUGAUGCAGUCACAGCAGCCGCCAAAGACUCGUAUACCUUCCCAUCACACUCGGAAGCUUGACUCUGAGAUGAGUGGGGAGAGCACCCCAAUAAUUGCUGAUACCCGAGCCUCUCACUUGAAAAAGAGUGUUAAUGGCCCUAAUUUUAUGAUUCCUCUUCAGCCAAACUUUGGUUUAAUGGCUUCUACAAAUGUUGGUGGCGGUGGAAAUCAUGGUGAAAAGCAGCAGCAACAUCAAUUGUCACAGGAAAAGAAUUUGAAGGGUGGAGUAGAGCUUAUCCCCUCUCAAGCAUUUGCAAUGUCAUUCGCCUCUUUCAAUGGAAGCAAGACAGCUACGAACCUUAAUUUCUCAGCUAUGGCACAAAAUCCUACCAUCUUACAAAGCUUCCCAGACAUGACAUGGCAGGGGUACCAGGUUGUAUCAGCAGCUCAGGCCACACAAAAGAAGAGCCAUCAGCUGUCUGAAGGGAAGACUGGAGGCGGUUCAACCAAUCCUGACGAUGGAAAAAAAGCUACAAUGGGAAGGCCAUCUACAAGUACUGGGCAGACACUUAUUUUCGAUAAUUCAGCUAGAACUCUCGACUUUGUGCCAUCUCCUUUCACUGGACACUGGCCUUCUCGCGCCAUCACCGGACCUACGAGCAUUCAAAUGGCUGCUAAUUCAAGCACAACUUCUCAGCAACAACAGCUCGUUCAGCUUCAGAAGCAACAUAUUUUGCAGCAGCCUAUUGGUGCAGCCGAAAAUAAAGCACCAACAUCCAGCAGCCUGCCUUCGCCCUCCACUGAUGCCAAGUUUUCAAAUAAUACUCCCAUUUUUUCUCGAACUCAAGCUCAGGGAAGUACUCCACAAAAUCCCCAGUGGAAGAACUCGUCCAGAACCCCUUCCACGCAAUCCCCACUUGCAUCUCUCUCAGCAUCCAACACAGUUCAUAAGAAUGCUUCCCAGCAGCAAGGAAGAGCACCACAAGGCUGUAGCCAAAUAUCAUUUGGGCAAAGUUCCAAGUCUGCUUUGCCGCCACAAGGGCAACAAAUAUCCUCUAGUAACCAUUCUCCAUCUAGUGGUGGCAACUCGAUAACAACUUCAAAGAAUGCCAACGCUAAUUCAUCGGUUCCUGUUACACAGCCACAGCAGUGUGACAACUCCUCAAGUGGGAAUGCCCAGAAGUCCUCCCCGGUUUGUGGUAGGAAUGUGCCAUCAAUCUUAAGCACGUGCGCCAGCCACCUUUCUGAGCUGAAGUACUAGAGUCGUUUUCGACAGAAGUCCAUCUAUUUGAUGUGUUCGUCAAGGACCAGUUGCUCCAACUGCCAUCCGGGUCUGAAAUCUGAAUGUUGCAAAUGAUGGUUGUGGCCAAUUUAAAGGCGUUCUGCAAUUUGCUCUGCUUCUAUCAUUGCUGCCCAUUUUACAGUGUAAUCUUGUAUCAUUUCUUUCUCUCUCAAAUCCAAAGCCAUGGGAGCUGGAUAGCAGGACUAGAAAACAGUUGAUUGUCUCCCCGAGGAUUUUGGGGUCUUGCAUUAUACAAUUAGAAGGAGGCUAAUUCUUGGUGGGGAACCGGCAAUUGAAGACAUCUGCCGGCAUUUCAUGGAGUAAUGAAUUAUUGGUGGCGAGGAAUUCAUUGCAAGUGAGAUUUUUUGACGAAGGUAGAACUGUUCUUAUCAUACGUGGAUGUCUGAGCGCCACUUUGCCUUCAUGAGUUCGGCAAGGAUGUAAGAAGACAGGGUGUUGUGGAAAGGGGAGAUAGGGUUCAUAUUAGGCGUACAGUUUCUGAAGUUAAUUUUGUCGGGACCUGCCAUAUUUGAACAUCAUUCAUCGGCAGACCUAUCAUAUAGUUACACAUUUAAGGUUAUUGGUAGUUGAUAGGGUCCAAUUUAAUUUGAUUUAUGUAAUGUGAUGCUGAUGUGUAAAUAUGAUAAGUGGUUAACAUAGAAUAGUAGGCAAUGUCCCUGAGAGUUCUGUUCUUUGAUUA